CAAGCAGCUGUUGUUAUAACGGGGUCGUUUUCACGAAGUGCCUACCCGCGACGUGUUGAGACUCGGAUGUCGUAUAUAACGCUCGAACAGGUGCAUCACCUAAUUUGCCAAAAUGACAACAACCGAGUGUCGGGAAACGUUAACAGACAUUAUUUUUGUGCCAAUGAUGGCAGAGUGUGGUGUGAAAACCAUUGAAGGCUUCGCAAAUGAUGUCGUCACUAACUUAGAGCGAAGGGAAAUGAAACGAGUUGGUGAAAUAUAUGACAAACUUCAGAAAAUGAAAUCAAGCGAUAUCAUGAAGCAUAAAUUCAACUACUGGAAAGUAAUGCAGUGCCUGGGGGAGGUCGGAAUAGAAAAAAUUAUUCUGACAAUCAAAACGAACACUCUUCACUCCUGUCACUGCCAUGUGUAUUCCAAUCUGUUUGAAGCAAUGAACCUAUUCUGUGAAUGUCUGACUACAGUGAAUGUCAUAAAGAGAGUCCUCUACCACAGACAGGCGCUUGUGCCGAUUUUCUUUGAAGCUUUGAGACAGACGAAGGAACCAAGGCUUGUGGGGAAAAUGCUUGUUAUCAUGUAUCGGUGUCUCAUUGUUGGAAAACAGUCUCUGGUAGAGUUGUACAUGUCAAAUAAGAUUCUUAAGGACCUUCAUUCAGUUGCCCAGAAACAGCUUGAUUUCAAUGACAACUCUGUGGAUAUUGUUGAAUAUAGUGUAAAGUUAUUGUACGGGCUGGUGAUUCAUGGAGGUAAAAAUGUUCGUCAUCAAGUGAGGCAUUCGUCAGCUAUUAUUGCUGUUGAAGAGUACAAGCAAUGCCUGGAAAGAAAGAUUGGUCCCAAAAUAAUCCGUCUAACAGAUCCUGUGGUAUUAAAGUACUACACUGCGCUUCGAAUCGAGCUGGAUGGAGGGACACAGUUAAUAGACAAGCAGUCACUGCGGGACAUUCUCAAGGAGGAGUGUAAGAGUGAUAAUGGGCAUGUUAUCUUUUGUUCAGCGCCAUGUUGUCGCAGACAGUUCCAGGAGGAAAGAGACCAUUUUCGUUACUGCGGAGCAUGCCGACUGUCUCGCUACUGUAGCAAGCAGUGCCAGCGGGAACACUGGAAGGUGGCACACAAGGAGAUGUGUCUCAAACUGGAGUGUUAUACACAAGAUUCAUGAUUUUUUGAGAUUUUUUUUUUUGUGAGGCUUUUGAUAUUUUUUUUCAAUUUAAAACUUUUGAAUUUUUUAAAGUCCAUUUUGAUUGAAUGUCUGUUUCAUAAGGUUUAUUUGGAUGUUCAUCCAGAUUAGUGUUUUCAAUUUAGAUUUUUUGAACGUAGGUUUGAUACCUGAAAACAUACCAUGAGGUUUCAAAUUGGAAAAAAAUUAUAGGUAUUAAAUUGAAGUUUAAAAUCUCUAAAUUUAAAACAAUACUUGAUUUAUAUCCAGUCAACUACAAGACUUACAAAACAAGUGCGAGUUCUUUGUUUAUGGUGGAAAUGAAUCAUGAUUUGCCAUCAGUUGAGCCUAAUAUUUUCAUGAUGUGAGAAACAUUUUCAAUCUUUUCUGGUGUGCAGACUGUUCUGGUCGAUGAAGUAGCUCUGUGCUGAAUUUGUGAGUUUUGUGCUACAUUUUUUAUACAACCAGGGAUUUAUCUAGACUUAUUCAUGGGCUCAUAAUCGACCACCUCUGCUACAAAUUUCAGUGAAUGCCCAUAAAUGUAAUGUUAAAAUUCAUAAUUCAUGUAAAUAUAGCUAUAAUUAACAUGAUUAAUUGGCAGCUUGGUUAGGUGAGUCAGCUGAUUACAAUAUCCAAAGGACGUUGAGGUAAAUUUAUGAUUUUAUUGAA